AUGCUGCUUUCCAUCAUCUCAUUCACAACGUUGGCUCUCCCAAGAGCUGCCGCAGCGAGCCCAGAAACCGCCGCCUCUCGAGCCAUCACCGCGACCGAAGCGCUCCAGACUUGGUAUAACCGGACGACGGGGAUCUGGGACACCUGUGGCUGGUGGAAUGGAGCGAAUUGUAUGACAACACUAGCGGAUUUGGCUACUCUAAAGUUGAACGACUCGGUCGACGGACUCGCGAAAGACGUGUUUCAGAACACAUUUUCUGUCGCGCCAAAUUCGAACCCUUACCCCGAAAGAGGGAUUGAUGCCGACUACACGACAGCGAAUGGAACGUCUUAUUCUCAAACGCUUGAUAAAAAGGUGCCAACUGGUGCCGCGAACGCGUCGCUGUGGCUCGACGGGUCGUACGAUGAUGAUGCGUGGUGGGGACUGGCGUGGGUUGCUGCGUAUGAUGCUACCGGUCAGACAGACUACCUGGAUCUGGCCGAGGGGAUCUUCUAUCACUUGUGCGGCAAUGGGGGAAUCGACUCAGAUUACACCCACGUCUAUGUCGGCGCGGUAGCAAAUGAGCUAUAUCUUGCACUUGCUGCUCAGCUCGCCAAUCGCGCCUCCGACAGCGAGUACUACCUUGGCUGGGCCAAACGCCAAUGGUCCUGGUUCCGGGAUAGCGGAUUGAUUAAUGAGAAUUACACGAUAAAUGACGGGUUGACCAACGACUGCGCAAACAACGGCGCCACAGCGUGGACUUACAAUCAGGGCAUUAUCCUGGGGGGUUUGGUUGAGUUGAACCGCGCCGUGGAUAACGAGACUUCCUCAAAUUCAACGUAUCUACAAGAAGCUCAUAAGAUUGCGAUGAGCGCAAUCGCCGCAUUGACAGACGAUUACCAUGUCCUUCAUGAACCCUGUGAGCCAGAUAACUGUGGGGGAGACCAAACGCAGUUCAAGGGCAUCUUUAUGCGAAACUUGAGGCUCCUGCACGAGGUGACACCAAAUGAUACCUAUGCCCAGGUGGUCAAUGCUUCAGCUCAGAGUCUGUGGGCAAAUGAUCGAACGGAUGAAAACCAGUUUGGAAUUGACUGGUCUGGUCCUGUGGACAGUGGCAAAGUAGAUGCUUCGACACAGAGCUCGGCUCUUGAUGCGUUGGUUGCUGCCAUUUGGGAAUAG